GGUUUAUUACCACGCGCGCAGCGUCGUUUUAAAAAUGUGCGUGCUUCUUUUGUCGAGUCGAAAUAAUAAAGCAGUUCUCAAGAGUGCCACUGCCGCCGCAUCUCGCGGGGGUUUCGCUCCUGUCAGGGGAGGCGGAGGGCGGCGGAGGCGGCCGCAGGGAGCGUGCGCGCACCCCUUUUGGAGGCCUGCCAUCAAUAAAUGGUGUAUUUAUAAAUACUCACGCAGAGCAAAAAUCAGAGCCGCGGGCGUUUCGACGCGAUCUUUCCGUGACACACGCAGCUGAGGUUUUGCGGUUCGCGUCUCAGGUUCGGCACCCUGGCUGCGCCUACACCGCCGAGACACACGCUUUUCGCUCGUGCGGCGAAGGAGAUGAUGAGCUAAAACACGCUCUCCUCGGCCCGUGCGGUAUUCAAAUUCAGCCUCGAUGGUUUAUUGAUUGGCGUUCCGCGAGGAAGCUCUUGACUUUGCUUGCCGCAGCAAACAUCCACUUUGUCUUCUCCCCAUCUCGUGAAAAAUACUCUCGACGCAUUUAUAUUCCCAGAACACAAAAACGAUGGCAGCGAUUUCUUCCCUCGCAAUCUUGCUUCCCAUGCUCUUCCUCGCAUCAAAUGCCGAAUACGUGCACAUGACCGAAGUGUUCGUCCUGCCUAUUGAACCCUCCAUGUUCAACUGGACCCUUCACGGGGCCACGAGUCGUGACCAAUAUGAAUACAGAGCGACGCAAAUCAACUCUCCAGAUUUGCCGCUGUGGAUGAAUUUCGUCUACAGCCCCAGGCACCAACAGGGAUUUUUGUUUGGCGUCCCUCCGCAGUGGCCUCAGCCCAGGGAAAUAGAGGUCGAAAUCGUCGCUCUCAAUAAACAGACUUACGAGACAAGGCGACGAGUUGUGCCUCUUGUUAUAAAGCAGAAAGAAGUUCCUGCGCAAUACGAGGUGCAGUUGAAAAUCCACAAUUUGAACGUGGAAGACUUGUUCGAGUCGCACAGACAGAGCCGCCUUCUGGACAUUUUUAGGCAUAAAUUAUGGCCGGCAAGUGCAGCCGACCUACAUAUCACAAUGCUGGCGUCUGCUGUUCAGCUUGGGGCCAGACGCCCGCUGAGACCCACCGAAGGCGAGGGGGUCGUCCUCAAGCUUGGGAGUUCAAAAGAAUUUUCACCGGCCUUGCGGGAGCUGCAGAAAGAAGUGAAACCGCUGGGGAAAAUGAGCUCGUGCCCCAGGGACUUCAAAAGGACCAGCGUCGAGAGGAUUUUCAGAGAACAAAGGUUCGCCCUUGACUGGUGUUCAUUCAAAUUGUACGAGCAUCUAACAACCAAAGUUGAUACCUCGGCGGCGGAAAACAACGAUUACGACUACUCCACGUUCAUCGAGGGGGAUGAAUUGUGGGACGCACCUCCUUCGAGGGAAAACGUGCCCGUGCGGAGCUACACUUACGAAUUCAUCGUCACCAUUCUCGUGCCCAUGAUAGUUCUGAUCCUGAUACUCGUUCUCUUGUCCGUCAUUCUCUGCUUCCACCAUGAGGGAAUCGAGGACGAGGCGUCAGAAGAGUUUUUCAAUUCUGUGUUUAGUAUUUGUGAAGAAUAUUGGAGAAGCAAGCGUAACGAGGAGGGAUGCGAGAGAGUGCAAAUGCUGCAGUACACCCCCGUCCACAGACCGAACGACCCCCUCCGCUCCUCGCUCUCCUUGCGCCGCGUUCCCAGCCUAACGCCGGACCGACCGAUAGCCCAAAGGUCGCUUACCGCCAGCCCCACAAGCUCGCUGCCCCGGAGCAUGAGCCCGCGAAUGCUGGACGAGGAUGCCCACUUCACCCGACCAAAUCCGCCACCCUAUAUUGGCGUCUUCAACAACAAUAACCAUGGAUCACCAUACGCCGAAUCUGAUUUCUGACCGUCAGCUGAACCCGGUAAGUUGUGGUACUGCUGAGAAGUUUGUCACAGCGCCCAACUGCUGGGAUAUUUUUGAAGAUGACCGGUUGCUGACAAGAUGGAUUGACGCUGACAGUGGCAGAAUUUAGCCUUCACAAGAAUAACUUCGAUAUACAACGGCAUUUGUUAAAAACAUUGAUGUUGUAGUUAGAGCAAUAACUUAACUUUGUAAGCUGCUAAAACAGCAGGGUUGAAACGUUCAAAAGACAGGGGUCAAGCAGUUUUGCCUUCUCUGAGCUUGGAUGUGAUGUUAAUUAUAAUUGAAAUACUUAGGAGUCGGUGACCUCAAGUAACCCAUAUCAAUACUAAAAUUGUUAGUUGCAACGUGAUUAUCCAAUUUAUUCUAUUAGAACAAUUUGAGCUCUGCACAAAUUCUACUGGUGAAACAUAACAAAGAAAGCGCUGGUACUUACUGCAUUUUUGAGGUAACAACCGUUCAUUUAUUCAACUGAAUGUGAACAAUAUCCAACAAAUAAAUAAGAUGGUGAAUUAA